AUGCAAACCAUACUAGACGUAGUCAAAGACUGCGACAACUUCCCCUACGAAGAUGAAUCCCAACCAGACCUCUGGAAAUUCUGCCUCCCCGACGACCCAAGGCCGCACGGUCUCCUGAUCCCCUCAGUCGUCAAGGCAAUGCCCUGGACAGACUCUUUCCAGCUAAACCACUCCGCAAAAACUAUCCAUCUUAUUCGUCCUGCUGGCAUCAACUGGGAAUCAAAAUGCACCGCCAUAAUCGACGCACAGGUGCAGCUCGCCCGCGAAAAAGGCACAUUCCCCGCGCUGGGCAAACCCCGCCACGAGGAAUUCCCCAUCGUCGGCGCCCGGUUCCGGGUUGGCAUUGAUCGGUCUGCGUUUUCGAUGUUUGGAAUCAUUGGGCGGGGUGUGCAUAUGACUGUGUACGUUCGCGUGGGGGAGUCACGGGAGCUGAAGGUAUGGAUUCCGCAGCGGAAUUUGAACAAGGCUACGUAUCCCGGUGCGUUGGAUAAUACGGUGGCGGGGGGGAUGGCGACGGGAGAAAAGCCGAUGGAGUGUUUGGUUCGGGAGGCGAGUGAGGAGGCGGGCAUGGAAGAGAGGAUACUUCGACGGGAUGUCCGGGCCGCGGGGACAGUGACGUGGUUGAAUGUUAGUGAUGAACGGUCAGGUGGACAGAGUGGGUUGAUGAAUCCGGGGAUCUUGUACGUGUAUGAUAUGGAGGUGGAAGAGGAUGUGGUGUUUAAACCUGUCGAUGACGACGUGCAUGCGUUCCAUUUAAUGGGCAUGGAGGAGGUGAAAGAGGCGAUGCUGGAUGGACGGUUUAAACCGGCCAGCGCGUGUGUGAUGAUUGAUUUUCUCAUCCGCCAUGGUAUCAUUACCGCCGAGGAGGAAGAGGACUAUGCGGAGAUUGUGUCGCGCUUGCAUCGCAAGCUUCCCCUGCCCAGUAGUAUUCGUAUUUAG